AGUGCAGUAGACCGGAAAAUGUGCUCGUUUUGCCAUCUCUAUCGCAUUGCAUUUUCAUUAACUCCAAUUGGAUUUGUUUGUUAUGCCGAAGCAGCUGAUUAUUAAGAGUAAAAAAUAAAAUUGGUUAACUGGCACGAAAUAAAGUGUUAAUCGUCAGGUGCACGAUUUAUUAGAGCUUAUCUUGAAUUUCUAUUAGCUGUGAUAAGACAAAGAUAUAUUCAUAGCAUUGAAAAGUUCUAAAGCGCAAAACAUAGCAGGUUGUUGAAAGAAAUUGGUAGAUUCUAUUGACAAUUAAUUCGUAAGCGUGUACAUCUCGUCUAUGAGGCGCCAGCAAGUUUGCAACCGGAGAAUCGAUAAACAGAAAGUGUCAUUUCGAAGUUAUUAAAUCCAUAAAUACUUAUGACGUCGCGGCAGAUUCUAAAGUGAAUUUCAUAAUCUUAGCAAAAGUAGUUUCAGAUAUCAUAAACAAAACUGCAAUGAAUAAGCAAGUGAUAACAUUUUGCGUGUCGAUCUUGAUAGUGUUAGACAUUGGUUAUGCUGAUACUAAUGACCCACUGAUCUUUUCCACUAAUGACUGCGAGUUAACAGAGCCUAUUUAUGGGGAAAAAUUCAAUCUCAAAGCCUUACGUUCCGACAUUGCAAAGGUUGUGAAGGGCGACAGGGACGACACAUUCGAGUACAAUAUUUGUGGCAGUUUGGGCCGGGCAUGUAAUGGUGUUAAGGAUGCGUCUGCUUGCCUUAGGAGAGGCAAUCAGGAGUUUGUUCUCGGCACUCAACACCAAUUGAAUUAUCGCCGUGGCAAAAUGUACUUUGAAUUUAGUAAUGGCGCCAAGUGUGCCAGCGGCGAUGGCGAGUUUAAAUUGUUUGUGUUCCUUGGCUGUGACUACACAUUGGAUGCUGAACAAUCGAAAGUGACAUCAUAUUCUGCCAAUGCGUGUAAAUUCUAUAUAUCGUUAGAGACACCAUAUGCCUGUUUGCCUGAACCCGAGAUAGUUAAAUCGAAUGGUUGCAGUGUGCAGGACCCCGUUACUGGACACAAUUAUGAUUUGCUUGCGUUGAGUGACUUUAAUUAUAGAGCAAGCGAUCGACAUGGCAAUAUAUUUACGGUGAACAUUUGCAAGCCAGUGCUAUAUAGCGAGAAUGCAAUGUGUCCCAAAGCGAGUAGUGUGUGUUUAGUAAAAUUAAAUUCCACCGACUACAAACAACGGUUUGUGGACUAUGGUACCGUACAGCCUAAUCCUAUAUUAGAAAACGGGUAUUUGCUCAUGCGCCUUCCAUCCCCAACACCUUAUAAUGCGACACAUAAUUACUCCUCAACUAUACACUUCAUAUGUGAUAAUGAAAUGAAGAGUUCUCAAUUGUCAUUUAUUGGCGCCAAAGAAAAUGUGUAUGCCUUUUCGUUUACCACGCUUUUGGCCUGUAAUAACAAUCCACCAUGCACUACGAUAACCCAUGGCAAUGAAGUUUUGGAUAUGCGAUCACUGCAGGGUAAGACCUACGAGUUGUCGAUGUCUUCAAAAAAUUAUACGUUCGGCAUCUGUGCGAAUGCGGGUCAUUCGUGUUUGUCAAAUGAUGGCUCCUGCCUCAUCGAGAACCAACAGACCACCAGUUUGGGCCAAAAAAAUUCUCAACUACGUUCCGAUCGGUCCGGCUCACCGUAUUUGCUGUACACCGAUGGAGCACUCUGUGAUGGCCAAAACAAGUGGUCAACGAGAAUUGAGUUUGUCUGUGCCAGCAACACCAGUAAUGCAUUGGGUCCGAAAAUAAUCGAAAAUAAAAAUUGCCAACUACUAAUUCACUUUCAAACACCAUUGGCUUGUCAUGAGCAGAUUGCCUGCAAAGUCAAAGUCUAUGUUGAGCAUUCGGAGGACGGCACCGGCGAGGAGGUGGUCGAUUUGACGCCAUUGAUUAGUACAACGGAUAACUAUGAAGCCGAAAUUAAUAACGCAUCGAUAACGGAACAACAAGUGCCUAAAUCGACCAAGUUUUUCCUCAAUGUCUGCCGUCCGUUGGUGCCGAAAUUCGGCUUGGGUUGCACGGGUGGCUCGGCAGCCUGCAUGGCUAAGGUGGAUUCGUCGUCGGCGACACCGGAGGAGGAGAAGAGUCUUGGUUUCCCAAUGGCGUCGUUGGUCGCCUACAAUCGCACCGUCGCGGAAUUACGUUAUCUGCGCGGCAGCAUUUGCCCCACGGACAACAAAACGGAACUCUCCUCCAGCCUUAUAUUCAACUGUGAUAUGCGUGCCGGUCGGGGCAAACUAAUUCUACAGGCAAUUAUCGAUUGUCAUUACGAAUUCCAGUGGACGACCAACGUCAUAUGUCCCUCACAUAUGUGCGCUUUUAAUGAGGAGACUUGCGAAAUAAUUAACAACGAUAUUAAUUUCAAUUACGAACUGAAAAAGGCGCCUUUCGCUGACGCUGGUCAAAUAAAGAUUCCCAAUGGAAAAGAUGAGUUUACACUCAACAUUUGUGGAAACCAUCGCAAAGCUGAAACUGAUUACUCUCAGGGUUUKGUGAAUUUGUUCUUCACUACAGAAGCGCCAUGCGGCAAUUCAAAUGUUCAGCUGCGCCUUAUUUGUAGUGGUGACACCAAGCGCGUUAUCAACUAUGACAAUGCGGGCAAGGAAUGCAACUUGGUCGUGCACCAGAGAACGCCGGAUAUCUGCAAAUUCCUUAGACUGGCGGUGCCGCCGCCAACGGUGCAGGACUCUGGCGCUAACAGCACUGUUGCAACACCGACAACUACAACGACAAAGAGCAGCACAGCAGCACCAGCAGGCGGCGUAGAUAAUGGCGGCGCACAUCCUGCCGAGCAAACUGGCUCCAUUGGUGCUAUAUUGGCCGCCAUACUAUCGUUGACUUGCUUCGUCGCUUGCCUUGGCGUGUUUGCCUUUUCGCCGGAACGGCGGAACAGCGUGAGGCGCUUGUUUAGACGCACUACAUCGGCGGUGCGUUACUCGAGGACAUAAAACAAAAAAUACAUAUAUAUUUAAACAAAACAAAAUAUAAUUAAUAAAAGCUGAAAAUACAAAAUUAUAAUAAUCAGCAAUUCUAAAUUAGAUCGAAGAGAAUAUAUAUGUAUUAUUGUAUGAGCGAAAUUUUUAAGCAUUUUUUAAACUUAUAGUGUAUUACACACACAUACAUAAAAGAAAUAUUUUGAAAACAUACUUGUAAAUUGUGAAUGUGCAACUUGGAAUGUCAAGAAAUGGAGAUCUCUUUUGUGUAUAGACCAUAAAUGUAAAGAAUUUUUUUUUUAAUUAUAUUUGUGCGAGUGUAAGCAUACAACUAUACCUUUAUAUGUAUGGUAUGAAAAGUAAUAUGGAGUUAGAAGCAAGAAAGAAACUAAAAACUAUAUGUUUUCAACAGUUGCAAGCGUAUAUCAUUGCAUUUUAUUAUAAGUAUUUCCAUAAAAAAGAUUAUAUAAAAGACAUAAAACAUUGUAAGUGCAUUAUGGCAUGUAUGUAUAAACGCAUGUAUGUAUGUAUGCAGGGAAGCCAGGCGCUUAGGCUUUUUGAAGUACCCCCUAAGGUAUUGGCGAUCUAAAGACCUACAUAAACACCUUAAUAUAUUACACAAAUACACAUAUAUACCUAUAUACAUAUAAACAGCUUGAAUUGUGAUUGCAACGCACACACAUACAUACAUACCUACAUAUACAUAGCUACAUCAAAGCAUGUUGCCAUCCUUUAGUAAUCUUUUGUAAUGCUUAAACAACUACUUACGUGUGUCUGAGCUGAAAUUUAUUCCUAUUUAUCUCUUAAAUAAUAUUCAAUAUUUCUGUAUUUAUCACCACUAUGUACUUAAUUAAAAAUAUGAAUU